GCAGCAGGUCAAAAGGCUCAGGCGGAAACGACAGCAUGGUAUGCUAGCAUGGUACAGGCUCAGCAUAGACGACCUUUAGCGGAGAAGAUCUGGGCUUGCCACUCUGGGCACAACUGUUUGGCCUUGUGGCGCAGAACAACGUCAGUGGAGAUCCCAUUAACGAAUACGAGACACCUAGGGGAGCCGUGAACGUUCGCGUUCGCUCUGCUCGAGACCAGAGCGCAAGCACAUGGGACUCCGACGGUGGAGAAGAAUUAGGAUCGCCUCAUAUAAGCGUCGCUUUGGUAGCGUGAAGUCUGAAUCACCUCAUUUGCCGCACAACUCGUUACCUCACAGUUCAUCGCCUAUCAUGUCGUUCGCUGAAUUCUAUUACGACCCCUUUGUCGAGUUCAACCACAUGCUCGACCAGGCACUGACCGAGAGGAACGUUCCCGUUGCUCAGGCCCUGCAGGCUCAAGGGCCGCAGAGACACCGGAAUCGCGGACGUGGGCCGUGGCCGAGGUUGGAUGUGCACGAGAAUAAAAAGAUCAAUAAGGUCGUAGCUACGUUUGAGCUGCCGGGCCUGAAGAAAGAUGAUGUCAGCAUUGAGGUGCACAACAACCGCGUCGUUGUAUCGGGCGAAGUAAAGCAGCCCGAGGAAGUGGAAGAAUCUGAAUAUCCCGUCCACGAGCGCCACGUCGGCAAGUUCUCCAGGAGCUUCCAGUUGCCUGCUGGCCUUGAUACGAGCACCAUCAAAGCCAGCAUGGAAAAUGGUUUAUUGACCAUCUCCUUCCCCAUGGCUGCUCCUGAGACGGCGCCGAAGAAGAUCACUGUGGCGUAAAUAGGCAUCCACUCUGUGCCACUGUCGUCAUGAUUCAUAUUUGAUGUAGCUGACGGACAGUUCCGCUCGAAGUGUUUUUAGCGUAACAGUACCUGCAGCAGUCAUAACUGUAUACUAGCCAUGAUUAUUUUCAUAAACGAGCAGUUCAAAUAUCGCUGCAUGUGGAGUUCUGCUUGUACUCACGUAGGAUGAAGGGAAGUAGAGUCUACGACCUGCUUAACCGGAUGAUUAACACCCCGCA